CCGGCCGGAGUAGGCGGGUCCCUGAGGCCCGGAGGCCGGGCCAGGCGGGUGCAGGGGGAGUUGUUCAAUCGGCCGGCGAGAAAGCGGAGCCGACGGGAGUGGGAGGGGUCUGUGCAGCAGGAGGCGGGGCGGACUCAGUGGGCCAGUGGGCCACCUGGGUCCUGUCAGAGUUGGAGGUGGUCCGCUGCUCUUGGUUCCUUCAGCUCCCGUAGCUCUGGCGGAAUCUGCGCGAUGGGUGACCCGGAAAGGCCGGAAGCGUCCAGGCCCGAGCUGGGUGAGAGGUUGUCUUCAGAUUCCAAUGAAAAUGAAGUGAAGUCAAAUGAAGAGCCACUCCUACGAAAGAGUUCUCGCCGAUUUGUCAUCUUUCCAAUCCAGUACCCUGACAUUUGGAAAAUGUAUAAAAAGGCACAGGCAUCCUUCUGGACAGCAGAAGAGGUUGACUUAUCAAAGGAUCUCCCUCACUGGAACAAGCUUAAAUCUGAUGAGAAGUAUUUUAUCUCUCACAUAUUAGCCUUUUUUGCAGCCAGUGAUGGCAUUGUGAAUGAAAAUUUGGUGGAGCGCUUUAGUCAGGAGGUUCAGGUUCCAGAGGCUCGCUGUUUCUAUGGCUUUCAAAUUCUCAUCGAGAAUGUUCACUCAGAGAUGUACAGUUUGCUAAUAGACACGUACAUCAGAGAUCCCAAGAAAAGGGAAUUUUUAUUUAAUGCAAUUGAAACAAUGCCAUAUGUUAAGAAAAAAGCAGAUUGGGCCCUACGAUGGAUAGCAGAUAGAAAAUCUACUUUUGGGGAAAGAGUGGUGGCUUUUGCAGCUGUAGAAGGGAUUUUCUUCUCGGGAUCUUUUGCUGCUAUAUUCUGGCUGAAGAAAAGAGGUCUUAUGCCUGGACUCACUUUUUCCAAUGAACUCAUCAGCAGAGAUGAAGGACUUCACUGUGACUUUGCUUGCCUGAUGUUUCAAUACUUAGUAAAUAAGCCAUCAGAAGAAAGGGUCAGGGAGAUCAUUGUUAAUGCUGUUGAAAUUGAGCAGGAGUUUCUAACAGAAGCCUUGCCAGUUGGCCUCAUUGGAAUGAAUUGUGUUUUGAUGAAACAAUAUAUUGAGUUUGUAGCUGACAGAUUACUUGUGGAACUUGGAUUCUCAAAGGUUUUUCAGGCAGAAAAUCCCUUUGAUUUUAUGGAAAACAUUUCUUUGGAAGGGAAAACAAAUUUCUUUGAGAAACGAGUUGCAGAGUAUCAACGUUUUGCAGUUAUGGCAGAAACUACAGAUAACGUCUUCACCCUGGAUGCAGAUUUUUAGAACUCUCCCCAUAGAUAAACCUAUCACUGGUAAAUAGCAGUCUGUUUUUCUCUGCUUUAAAAAACAAAAAAAACAAAACAAAACAAAAAAACAAAGUAGCUCCCUUAGGCAACAAAAGUUUGCUUAAAAGGAAAUCCAAAACCAAAUUUCAAUAAGUUGGAUUUAUAGAAAUACACUCUAAUUUUCCCAUUUGACAUUCAGGAUGUGACUUCAAUUCUAUUGUUUUGUCACGAAAAUAUAAGAUGGUGUUAUGUAGUGAUUAAGAGCAUGAGGUGAGGGGUCAGAUUUGAGAUUCUGCCCUUACUGCUUUGUGUGACCCUUGGAAAGUCAGUUAAUCUCUCUAAAUCUCACUGUAUGUAUCCUUAAAGUGGGUGUAAUAGUAGCUCCUAAAUUUAUCAUGUGGAUAUGAGGAUUGAGCCACAAAAUAGGUGCUUAGCCACGACCACCACCAUUACUACUUAUUAACAGUCUUAAUUAUGGUGAUGUUGUGAUAAAAUUCUCCCCUGUCCUCAAAGUAAUUUUGAUUCUAGGUUCUAAGAUCUAGAAUUAGAUCUUUAUAUUUUAAUGUUUGAGGGAGAAUAUAAAGAUUUCAUUUAAAAAUUAUAAUUCUCAUUAACUUGAGAAUUGCUUCUUCAAAUUCCUCAGCAUGUAGUAAAGGAAAUUUAGUUCUCAGUUGCUUUGGGCAGGACACUUAUGAAGUGAAAUUCGGGAGAUCAGCCUGGCAGUUGACCUUGUAAGUAAAAUGAUUUUGCUCCUUUAGAAAUCAAAAAGGUAACAAUUGCCAGACAUAGCUAGCCCUGAAAUGUUUAAACCCUGGGUGAAUUAGCUAGAAUAGCAUUUCCCCAAGAAUGUUCUAAAAGCUGUGAGCCCCUCUAGAUAUUUUGUGGGGAAAAAUGGGAUUCUGUGGUCAGAUGAACCUGGGAAAUGCUAUCCUCCCUUCUUCCUCUUUGAAGUAUAUAGUCAGUACAUCAAAGAGAGAAAUUCUUCAGGACAUAAAACUUACUUCUCCCUGCAUAUCCCAGACUUACUUAACAAAGGUCUGUAGUUUACCUGUUAACAUCUCACCUAACUAGUAUUCCUCUGAAUAUAGUUUGGAAAAGGCUGCCCUAGAACCAUUUUGUACACAGAGGAAGGACUUGUGGACUAGGCAAAGGAGACCUGGAGGGAUUUACUAAACCAUUCAUAUUUGUGCCGAGCUGAGUAACGUACCUGAGACUGACCUCAGCUGUGCUUCUUUAAUACUCUUCAAACUCUUUUAUGCUGUUAACAGGAACUAUGCAUCCUGCACAAUAGCAGAUGGCAAGGGAGACAAAGGUUUCUGCAGAGGAGACAGUGAGGAAAGGCCAUGGACCCCUCUUUAUCGUUAGGAAGAGCCAAGAGGUAGCCUGAGCCCCCAAAACAGUGUGGUUCCCCACUUAACAGCAAACUGCUUUAUAACAUUCUGCAACCUAGAAUUUAGAGAUUUUGCACUUUGCAUAAGUUUUUGCUCCAUUCAUUCAGCAACGUUCUAAUGACUAAAAAUGGGAGUUCUCAAGUGGAUGCAAGAGGACCAGGCCAUAACCUUGUUAGGGAAACUGUCAGAAGCCUGUGAUAUUUCGGCCUAUGACAGUGCCAUUUGUUCAGUUUGUUCAGUGCUUCAUGGUUGGCCAGCUGGUUUUACAUCAUAUCACGUGAUCACUCAACAGCCUUAUAAGCUUGACAGCUAAUAUUGACAUUUUACUGCUAGGAGAGAGUGAGGCUCAGGGAAGUUAAAUGACUUGGCCAAGGUGGGCUCUUAUCACCGUCCUUUGCAGUAGAAUUCUUUUUCCCUAGAGAUUAUCAUCUUUCUUGUAGUUAGUCCUUUACAUCCAUCUUGAUGUGAUUUUGCCUAUUUUCUCAUUCAGGUAUCAUGUACUUUAUUAAGGUAUUAUGUAAAUUAUUUACCUAUAUUCAGGUAGUAUGCUCAAAGAUGUGUAUACUACUGUAGAAACACUUAACAUUAUAAAUUGAGAAUAUCUGCAAUAAUAUUGGAAUGAAAGAAAAAGUUUUCAGUGCAUAUUCCCUUUGUUUUGAAUCCAGAUCUUUCUCAUAGGUAAUGACAGGUGCCUUAAUAUGAAGCUUAUUUAUAGUAGCAAUAAACCUAACUGUUGAGAUGAAGAAGUUUUAAUACUGAAAUACUGGAUUUUUAAUACACUGGUUUAUUAUAUUCAGUGUUCUAUAUCCUUUUCCAGGCCUUCAGGUUGCAUAUUUAUUUAUUAUGUUUAGUAUUUUGGUUCCUAGUUCUUAAGGAAUGAAGAAAUUGAGGAAUUGCCUUUUAAUACUAUCUCACAGGUAAAGGAAUUCAGAGUAUGUUUACAAGUUUUUUUUAAUAGCACAUGUACUUAAGUCAUUGCUAUAGUAAAGUUAAGUUUGUUAUUUAGGAAUGUAAAAACUUGUAGUUCAUGACAGCACUUAUUAAAAAUAACUUCAUUGUAGUAUGUAGAAUCAUGACUUGGAAGGACUUGGGAAGACAGUUUGACUCAGUGCUUUCAGACAAGGCUAUUUUGUUGUUCAGUUACACACAAUAAUAAACAAUUGUUUUUACUUAUGGCUUACUCGAGUCAUGUCUUAGUGUCUCAUUUUGGAAUAUCAACAUUUUCUUCUUCUUUUGACAUUUUAUUUUUUAUUCAUAAAAAGUGAUUACAGUUGGCCCUUGAACAACAUGGGACUUAGGGGCACCAAACCCCCGCAGGGUUGAAAAUCCACAUGUAACCUUUGACUGCCCCACAAGUUAACUAUUAAUAGCCUACUGUUGACUGGAAGCCUUACCAAUAACACAAACAAGUUGAUUAGCACAUAUUAUGUGUGUUAUAUGUAUUGUGUACUGUAUUCUUACAAUAAAGUGAGUUAGAGAAAAGAUGUUUUUAAGAAAAUCAUAAGGAAGAGAAAUACACUUACAGUACUAUACUCUAUUUAUUGAAAAAAAUCCACAUAUACGUGGGCCUGUGCAGGUCAAACCCAUGUUCUUCAAGGGUCAACUGUAUUGAGAAAACAUAGCAGUUUGCAUAUUUAAAACACAUUUAAUAUUCAUAACUUUGCAUUUUACAUUUAAAUAUGCUAACUUCCAUGUCAUAGAAUUCCCAUACUGCAUUUGCAUGGAUUAAGCUAAGGGCUUAAUGUCGCUAACUGAUUUUCAGUGAUAAAGAAAUCUGUUCCUGAGCUGCAUAAAAGCCAGUUUAGUCCUAUAAUCAGGUAUUAUGUUUUUGAACUAAAUUGCAUGAAUUGGUAGCCAACUCAGGAGCUCUUCUCAGUGGAAUCUGCAUGAGUGGUACAGAAGUGAAAUCUAGUUUUUCUUUGUUUUUCCCAGCCUUUAGAUAAUCUCCUUUUUAGAUGACCGUAAAUUUGAAGGAAAACUUGAUAUUCCCAGGGCCUUAGAAAGAAAGGAUUUAAGCUUUCAAAUUUGGGGCCUAAGGAAAAUAUAGGUAAAAAUGGAAGGAUAGAGAUUGAUUUUUUUGUACAGAUAAAAAUACAACAAUUCAAGUCUUUUUCUAAGUUCACAAGAUUGUUAACUUAGUGCAUUUGAUUCUUUUAUAAUAAUGUUUUGUUUUUUUCCAAAUGUCUGGUAAUUUAGCAAAGCUAUUUGGUAUUUACUGUGUAUAUAGAGAGCUUUAUUAGGUGUGGUGUACCUAAGUCUUUUUGCUAAAAUGCAUUGUGGUCAAUCAAGCCAACCCUGAAUAUGUAGAAUGUUGGGGGUUUUUUUCCCCAAAGAAAUAGGUUGUUUUGUUAUUUUUGGGGGUUAGUGUGUUGAAAUAAACUGUAUCAUAGCUACA